CGGAAAUACGUGUAGGCGUACAGGGAAUUACAUAUAAGAUAAACGCAUAGUAUAUAUAUAUCACAUCGUAAGGCAUAUAGGUGCACCCAAAGGAAGACUUGACAAUGGGUUUGUAUCUUAAACCAGCUGAAAUACGUUAUACCCAGGAAACGAUCAGCGGUGUUUUUCGACAAAACACUAGGCACAAAAAUACACAGAUCGGAAAGACACUUGACGACAUUUUGGUAGCAUCUUCUUCUAUAGACCAGAUUCCAAAGAUAACUGUGUGUAAAAAGAAUGGACAGUGGUAUAGUUUCGACAAUCGCCGGCUAUGGAUAUUCAAAAAGUUAGAAAAAUAUGGGAAAUGUUCGAAAAUUCUAGUAAAAAUAUCUAAAAAAUUAAAAAAGAUUAAAUUCACAACAAAAAGUGAUGGAACAACUGUGAAGUUAAGGGGAGGUGACGCUGGAGGUACUUACUGGCGACAACAGGAGGAACUUGUAAAGUCCCAUCACAGUGAUCCGCAUGAUAGUACAUCACACGUACGUAAAGAACCGGCCACUGAAUUGCACUACAAAUACAAAAACACGGAAUCAAAAAGAACACCUUCAUCUGCGUCGCUUACAACAAGGUCAGUACAUGGUGACGGAGCAGAAAACUUCAGUGAUUUGAAAAACGAUACUUCUUCAAGGCCUUCCUCGGCCGUUUUGGAUUUAUAUUUUUCCAUUAUGCUAAAAUCUUCAGGGACAUCAAAUAGAAAUGGAUUAGACAAAGCUGAUACAAAAUUAAAGUUACCAGAAACAUCUGACGGUUUGGAUUCAACAUUCAACGAUUCCCACUAUGAUGAAACACAUACGUUGCCAGUUUCACCAGAAACAUCAGAUGACGGACCAGAUUCAACUUUAGGUGAAUAUUACAAUGACGUUACAUGCUUGCCAGUUUCACCAUUAACAUCUGAUGACGGUUCGGAUUCAACAUUAACCGAUUCUCACAAUAAUGUUACGUUGCCAUUAUUACAAGAAAUGCGUGUUUGUGACUCCGAUUCGACACUAUGCACUCAAACAACCCGGAGACAUCGUCCACAGACACGACCCUGAUGUCUCCGGUUUUAACAGACUGAUAGCUGAUACAGAAUUAACUUGGUUUACGCUUAGCCUAUCUAGGACUCAGCUUUUUAUCUGCAGGAUGUUCUGCUAGUACAGUCAGGUCAACAUCUGAAAAUCAAACACCGACACUCCGAUCAUCGUCGGAAUAUGGAGGGAAAAAGAAAAAAACGGAAAAAGAGAAAGAAAUAACUUUUUUAAUUAAUUAAAUUCACACAUCAUGGUCUUGCUUUUGUAACCUGAUGCAGCUUUAAAAAUAUUUCCAUGCAUUUGAACAUCUCGUCUUGAAAUCACAACCAACUGAAAAAGUCCUUAUGCGUUAACCGUAUAGGUUUUGAAUAACACUGGUACUGAUAAAUAAACUUAAUGGACACGUU